AUGAACCUUGCCGUUCGGCAAGCAAUAGCUGAGACUUUUUUAUUUCCUCUUUUUCUUUUCGGUAGCUGGAAGCUAAGGCCCUGGUUUGAAAAUAGGAGCUGGGGCUGCGGCAACAGAGCCAAGUCCCCUAUUUUUCACAGCUUCGAUACUCUUGAGCUAGGCAUUCUCAUCAAGGUGACCGAAUUUAGCAAGAGUUUGGAGCUGGGCCUUCGAGAGGGCUGCGAGGAGGAAGAAUUUUUAGGCGGCAGGUGUCGUUCGGCAAGAGACCCAACUUGGCUUGGGGCUUUUGUUUCUCCCGUCGGUGCAUCACAAGUCCCUUCGUUUAGCAAGCUUGGCAUUCCAGAUUUGGUUCCGCAAGGGUGUUUGAAAAACACGGAGCCGGGGAUGUGGCUUGGAGCUGGGGUGUAUAGUCCUUCGGUAGGUGGCUUGGAGCCGGGGAUGCUUGAGUUGGGAUCGUGGCUUCUGUGGGCUUUCUCAAAUUCGCAGCAAGGGUGCCUAGAAAAAUCAAGAGUCUCAACGUUCACCAAGUUUUUGGAGCUUGGAUUUGGAGCUGAGGCACUGGUGUUGUGGUUCCGUGGUUUUCGGCAUUUGACAAUGGAACUUGAGCUGGGGGCCAGAGCUAGGCAUUCCGAAUUGGGGAUUUUGGUGAGCCUCCUAUUUGUCUUGCGUUCGGCAAAGGCAGGUUGGAAAUAUUUGAGGCCUCCUUGUGAGUUGGUGAAAGCUGGGCUCGGAAGGCUGGGUGCCUUGAUCAGAUUUUCAUACUUGGACUUGUGUGGGUGCCCAAUCAAUUUGAAAGAAGGGGCAAGUUUGGCUGUACUUGCGGUCAAGCAGUUGGGCUAUUCGGUUUUGGUGUUGGACUGCCUGAUUUGGCAACUUGGUGUGGGCCUUUGUGCCUUUCUUCAAGGGGCUGGGCCUUGGGUAAUUUGUGCGCACAGGCUGCUGAGGAUUCGGCGCAAAUUGGAGUUGGGCUCGGGGCUUGAAGCUGGCCCGUGCCAUUUUCAGUCCCCAAUCUCUUUCAUGAGUUGGCCAUUCGUUGUGAUCAGUUUGGGAAGCACUUUUGUGGGCCUGUGCAGCUGGUGCGAAACACUUGAUCACGUGAAAUUGGAGCUGGGCCAUUUGAAAUUUGGUGAAAAUUUUCUGGAGAAGGUAGGGUAUGGCUGCCAUUCGGUGUCCUUGGGUGCGCCAUUGAAUGCCGUUGAAUUUGAAGCUGCUUCCCAUUGGGUGUUUUGA